CCGGCUGGGCUGUGUGGGCGUCGGGAUUUGCCUGUAGUGAGGCCCCAGCUGAGCGGGUUGAAGGCAGAGUCGGCUGCCGGCGUCAGCUGUGACUUCCAGCCUGAAGGAGAGACGAGCGAGACGAGGAGCGGGCGGACGCGCUCCAGUCUCCUAGCCUGCUACGCAACUGUGCUCGCGUUUCUCCUCUGAACUAGCCAUGGAGCGUGAAGUCCAGCGGCUUCGACAGGCGUUCCGGUCCGGCCGGUCGCGACCCCUGCAGUUCCGGCUACAGCAGCUCGAGGCCCUGCGGAGGAUGGUGCAGGAGCACGAGAAGGACAUCCUGGCGGCCAUCGGCGCCGACUUGUGCAAGAGUGAAUUCAACGGAUUCAAUCAGGAAGUCAUUACUGUCCUUGGGGAAAUUGGUUUUAUGCUGGCGAAUCUUCCUGAAUGGGUUACUCCUACCCCAGCUAAGAAGAACCUGUUGACCUUGCUGGAUGAGGUCUAUGUUCAGCCAGAGCCUCUGGGAGUCGUACUGAUUAUUGGAGCUUGGAACUACCCAUUUGUUCUCACCAUGCAUCCACUGGUAGGAGCCAUUGCUGCAGGAAAUGCUGCGAUUAUCAAGCCUUCUGAAUUAAGUGAAAACACAGCCAAGAUCUUGACUAAGCUUCUUCCUCAGUAUUUAGACCAGGACCUGUAUGCUGUUAUUAAUGGUGGCGUUGAGGAAACCACAGAACUGCUGAAGCAUCGAUUUGACCACAUUCUCUAUACGGGAAAUGCCACAGUUGGAAAAAUUGUCAUGGCAGCUGCUGCUAAGCACCUGACCCCUGUGACACUUGAACUGGGAGGGAAAAGUCCAUGUUAUGUCGAUAAAGAUUGUGACCUGGACGUUGUUUGCAGGCGCAUAACCUGGGGAAAAUGGAUGAAUUGUGGUCAGACAUGCAUCGCUCCCGACUAUGUUCUCUGUGAAGCCUCCCUCCAGAAUCAAAUCGUGCAGAAGAUUAAGGAAACUGUGAAGGAAUUUUAUGGAGAAAAUGUAAAAGAAUCUCCUGAUUAUGAAAGGAUCAUCAAUCUUCGUCAUUUUAAGAGAAUACAAAGCUUGCUUGAAGGACAGAAGAUAGCUUUUGGUGGGGAGACUGACGAGGCCACACGCUACAUAGCCCCAACGAUACUUACUGACGUGGAUCCUAAAUCCAGGGUGAUGCAAGAGGAAAUUUUUGGACCAGUUCUUCCAUUAGUGCCUGUGAAAAAUGCAGAUGAAGCCAUAAACUUCAUAAAUGAACGUGAAAAGCCCCUGGCGCUCUAUAUAUUUUCUCAUAACAAUAAGCUCAUCAAACGGAUGAUUGACGAGACCUCCAGUGGUGGGGUCACAGUCAAUGAUGUCGUCAUGCACUUCACACUCAAUGCGUUGCCCUUCGGAGGAGUGGGUGCCAGUGGGAUGGGGGCGUAUCAUGGAAAAUACAGUUUUGAUACUUUUUCUCAUCAUCGUGCCUGCUUACUAAAAAGUUUGAAGAGAGAAGGUGCCAACAAACUCAGAUACCCGCCCAACAGCCAGUCAAAGGUGAAUCUGGCGAAGUUUCUGCUGCUGAAGCAAUUCAGCAGAGGAAAGCUCGGGCUCCUGAUGCUCACGUUUCUGUGUGCGGUGGCAGCCGUGUUCUUCAAGAGAUACCAAGCUGUGCUGAGGACAAAGGCCCAGUUGCUCUCUCUGGUAGUUCACAGACGGCUUUGGUCCAGUAAACAAUGAUGGACAGGAAGUUUCAAAACCCAGCUCUGUCUGUUAAGAGUGAGGUUGUGUACUACUAAAGAAUGAUCCUGUUAACCUCCUAGUUGCCUCUACUGAAUUAUUUCUAUACUCAGUGGUUAAUGAACCAGUAAUUUUUAAAUGGUGUCAAAAUCAGAAAUAAGUGAACUCAGUAUGAUCAAACCUAAAGGUUACUGCCACUCGCCAUUAAUAAAACUUCCCAUUUCAGCCACAUCUCAGCAUUUCCUAAUAAUGAGUGUAUUCUGAGGCCCUGAUCUUGAUUGUGCUGGGAGGCAAUGAGUGUGAAAUAAAAUCCAUAUUCUUUGGGCAUAUACGGAAGUCUCAGAACUGCUGAGUUCGUAGGGCCCAGUUUGUCGGAUACCUCAUCACCUGCUGUGCGGUGCCAUUAUUUGUCGAAGCUUUCAAGAGCUGAACACUUCCAGGGACCCCAGUGAUGGUAGUGCAGAGAAGUGAGGUGGGAGCUGCCCAGCUCCCUCUGAGGUCUGAGGCAUUGCAGUUGGUCUUUAAGUUGCAAGUUAGUGGCUCUUCAAAGACAAAUCUUUUUUCUCAUUUCUGUAGAGUACAAUUAAAUUUUUUUUAAUUUCAGAAAUAGUCUUUCUGAAUAAAUUUAGCCCACAAAAUGUAACAUGAAGGAAUCAUUUUUGUCACGUCUGGAUGUGGUGCGCAUGCCUGUAAUCUCAGUGCUUGGGAGCCUGAGGCAGGACGGUCUCUGUGAGUUCAAGGCCAGACUGAGCUACAUAGUGAGUUCAGGACCAGCCUGAGCUAUAGAUAGUGAGAUACUGUCUCAGUUUAAGAAAUGUAGGAUAUUAGGGGUUGCCCCUCGCCAGUGAGACUUGAAGAGUUGACCUCCCGAACCUGGCUCUCUAGGCAGACUUGGUCUUCUUCCUUUUUCCUCCUCUGUCACUUGGAAGGUUUUUGGUGUGGCUGUUCACAGAUAUUUUUUGUGACCAGUAGCACUGAAAGCAUCGUAUAAAUCAUUAGGCUUCCUAGAAGAUCUUAGCCUAUUUCAUGCACAUAUUGUCUCUUACUCAUAUGGUGUUGAAGCAACACUUAUACAUGUUUUACAACCUAACUUGAAUUUUUCAAGUGCUUUAAUAAAAGUCGUUAUAAAAACACUUGUCUCUCAGGACCUUAAAGUUAUAAGUUAGUAGGUUUUCAAGGACAAAUCUUUUCAAGUUUCUCAUUUUUGUAGCACAAUGCAAGUCAGUUUUACUCUUUUAAACUUCAAAAAGAUCGCUUUCUGUAUAAAUCAGCCUAGUGGGGGCGUCAUUCCUGUCACAGAUAAAGAGACCAUGGGUAGUAGGGCUUUGUGGCUGAAGAGCCUCAUGGGGCACGGAGGCGCUGGCUUAUGAGGAGAAAUUUGGAGAAUAACCAUAAUUCAGUUGGCCAAACUGAAAAGGAAGGAGAAUGGUGAGAGGAUCUCCUGAGCAAGUAAGAAAUUCUUCCCACCAAAGCCUGAUAUGGCCAAGACCUGAGGGAGUGCCAGGGGGCCCGCAGGACAUGGCAUCCUCUGCUGGACAGCGCUGUGCUUUAGACUGCAGGGACUUCUGUUCCCCUCUGCAGGCUUGGAGAGAGACUUUGGGCCUUACUCAGCGAGAGACUGUAACUCACUUCAUUGAAUGUAAAAUCCACUGUUGAAUAAUUUGUUCUGUUAAGUCUGCCUAAAGUAUGUUGUGUCUUUAUCAUGGUCUGAGGAGUCACUAAUUCAAUCACUGGCCUACUUUGGGAAUAAACCCCUUAAACUGAGGUUCUAACAGAAUAAUCAAACAUAAAGUUUCUUACAAUUUAAAUUUGGGAGUUUGCAUUUAAUAUCUUAAAUUAUACAUUAUAAUUUCUAAUUAAGCUAAAUUAUUGGCUUGUUUACUAAUAUAUUCUGUUCCAAAAUAAAUACAAUGUAUUUUAUAAAA